AUGUCCGCCAAAAGUGCAGUCAAUGGUCUAAACUCAUGUAAAUGCUGUCCGUAUGGCUUUCAUAUCGACACCGAUUUCGUAAACUACUGCGAAGUACUUCUCACAGCUCUUUAUGGCAGCCCUUCCGACAAACGUCUUUCCCAAACACUUCAGUGUCGGACCAGUAAUUCGUUUCGUCGGAAAAUCAAUUCAGCCUUUUCUACGCUGAACUCCCGAUCCGCCCAAAGCGCAGCCACCGAUGCAUUCCUCUCGUAUUGUGAUUACAAUUAUAACAUUUCAGGCAAUCGUCUCAACAGUCAACAUAACAAACUCAAGAGUCAGUCACCAAAAGAGAACCAUUGCUUAGACAAAGAGUCAAUUAAUUCAGUGAUCAAUGACUACAGUCUGGGAGAUGUGGUCGACGAGUUCGAGGAGACCUGGAAUGAGUCCAACCGAAGACUUUCCAACUCCAGUGAUUGCGAACCGAUUAUGAAAUCAUCGCUAAUGGCUGACUCAGACAGAGGGGUCUCCCCGCCAUCAUCGCCCGCCCCCUCGUCCUGCACCUCAUCCAACGUGUCGAGAGUUGUUUUGUCGCAAAUUCGUGAUCAGAUGGCAUUCAGUCUGACACGCGUUAAAGAACUCGAGAAUCAGGUGAAGACUAUUCCGAACCUAAAACAAAGAGUUAUUGUUUUGAGAGAAGAGAAGAGGAAAUUGAUGAAGAGAUUGGAGGGCGAGUCAGAUGACUGUCAUCUUCUCAAUGAUCCACAAAAUAAGUCUCGAGUCCGAGAGCUCGAGAAAAGCGGUUUAAUUACCCCUCCAAUGAUGAGACGAAAACUGCUGUUAAAGUCAGACUCGGAUACCGAAGACGACGAGUUUGACGACAUUUGGGUUCGUUGUUCGCCUCCGCCCGAGAAAUUGGUUUCUUCUAAAAACAUAAGACUCGAAGAAUUGAGUGAUAGAACAGAGUCGAGGAAUUCGACGAAACGAAAGUCAUUAGAAAUGGUGUCGCAAUCGACGAGUACUGAAGACAUGUCCAGAACGGAGACUAUUGACUGCUCGACCAAUACUGAUGAAAAGCUAACUAAUAAAAAGCAUUUAAGUUUAGAUGUUUUAAGUUCAAUAUCAAUAACGCCUGAAAUGUCACCGGUUGUCCCGUUAGCGACGACAGCACCGGCAGCACCUGUAUUGAAGCGUUCAAUUGGCAUCUCCACGAGUUUGGCCCCAAGUCUACCCCGAAAGAGUAUUGCCAUCGAAACGGACCUCAAAGCUAUCGACACGAUUAGCAUACAAGAACUGGAAGCUAAGAGACCGGCUUUGGUUUCGUGGGGCACUGACCCGAUUCGUGUCGUCUACACUCACUCGCAAACACAGGCGUCGCCCAAGUGUUGUGAUGUCAGCACUAGGACUGAGACGCCGGCUCUUAGAAAUGCCGGCGUUGUCUGCACUUCAAAAGAUUUUGGCCUUAAAGUCAAUUGGACUCAAACCGAAAGCAAACAUUUUCACAACAAAACAGUUCAGUGCUCUCAGAGUUGUCCCAAAUGUGAACUCAAACAAACAGAGACUAUUGGUGUCGGAGAUAACAAUGUCUUUGGAAUUGUCACCGGAAUUGACAAAUCUGUGACAACAGAGAGGGAACGACCGACCAAUUUGGACGGACUUUAUAGCACUUCACCCGUUUCGAGAGCCAGUUCUGCACAAAGUAUCCGUUUGUGUGACAAAUGCAAUGACGCCAUCACUUCUGUGGCCAAAGAUUUCGUUAGCGCUCCGCACGAGAAGAUCUCAAGUCCUACCAUUCAAAGUCGUAUUCCACGACCCAUUCAAAGCACCGGCUCUUUGGAGAGACGGACUAUUAAUGACAAGAUUAUCGAAGAGACCGGCGAUGAGAUCCUUGUUUAUAAGAACCCGAGUUUGAGUGUCGGUUCGAGUCCUCUUAAGCGCAACUCUCCCAUCAAAAUACCAGAGUUGAGCCCAAAGACAGUUCAGCGGCAAUUCAGGAACAGAGAGUUAUUGAGUCCUAAGACAUCGCACGCCAUUAAUCUAAUUGAUGACGUCUUGAAGAUAUCAGAAUCAGAUGAAUCCGAAGAUGAAAGCAGCUCUUCAUCAGAUGAGGGCACGUAUGAGGUCGAGACGGGAGCCGUCGCUAAACCUGUGUCCAGAACCAGAGUCGAUCCCUCGCAGGAGAUUAAGGCCGCCCUCAAAGUCCUUAACGAUAAUCUCGUCAAACCCGAAAAGGCCAACAAAUCUGCUUUAAUCAAAAGCUUAGCGAUUAUUGAAAAAGAGUGGUUCAAAGUGGCCGCCGAUAAGGAAUCGGAUUUCCAUUGUGUUGAGGAUUACAUCGAUUGCUUUGAAAAGUUUUCAAAACACUUAUUGAAUCGAGUCGUCAAUUUGGACGACAAGAGUGGAAACACAGCCAUUCAUUACGCGAUAUCUCUUAACAAUUUUGAUAUCGUGUCAGUACUUCUCGACUCGAAAGUCUGUGACGCGGGAUACACUGCGACUAUGUUGGUCUCCCUGUCCAAAGUGGACGACGACACGCAAAAGGCUGUUAUCAGACGACUCUUUCAAUUAGGAGACGUCAACAUCAAAGCCAAACAA